CUACUUCUCCAUUUAUUUAUUUUCAAAAAACCACUCCAUCGCCUUUCCCUCUCCCUCUCUCUCUCUCUCUCUCUCUCUCUCUCUCAUUCAUCACUCUCGCUCACACGGAAUGCAACUCUCCGAGCCCUAGAUUCUCCCCGUCAUCAACCCAAUCCUUCGAUCUGUCCAUAGCCUCGACACCAAAAUCACUCCGCUCAAGAGUCACGACGCCAAUGCAAGACUUCAUCGGCUCAGUCCGCCGAUCUCUCGUCUUCAAGCCCUCCGCCGGCGGCGCCGACGACGACGGAGGGGGCGGAUUCGGAGGCAUCGUGGAGAAGAUCGGUUCGAGUAUACGAAAAUCGAGGAUCGGGCUCCUCUCGAAGCCGCCGCUCCCCGCGCUCCCACCGCCGAUUGCCAGGUCCGACAUGGUCAGAGCCAAGAGGAAGGAGAAAGAGGACGCCUCGCCGCCGGUCCGGUGGCGUAAGGGAGAGUUGAUCGGGUGCGGCGCGUUCGGGAGGGUUUACAUGGGGAUGAAUCUCGAUUCUGGAGAGCUCCUUGCCAUCAAACAGGUUUCAAUUGCGGCCAACAGUGCUUCAAAAGAGAAAACACAGGCCCACAUUAGAGAGCUAGAGGAAGAAGUGAACCUUCUUAAAAACCUUUCACAUCCGAACAUCGUUAGAUACUUGGGAACAGCUAGAGAGGAGGAAUCUCUGAAUAUUCUGUUAGAAUUUGUUCCGGGUGGAUCCAUCUCAUCACUUCUCGGAAAGUUUGGCUCAUUCCCGGAGUCUGUUAUAAGAAUGUACACAAAACAGUUGUUGUUGGGAUUGGAAUACCUUCACAGGAAUGGGAUAAUGCACAGGGACAUCAAGGGAGCCAACAUCCUUGUCGAUAAUAAGGGGUGCAUAAAACUUGCAGACUUUGGUGCAUCAAAGAAAGUUGUUGAACUGGCUACCAUGACUGGUGCGAAGUCAAUGAAGGGCACUCCAUAUUGGAUGGCUCCUGAAGUUAUCCUUCAAACUGGGCAUAGCUUCUCUGCCGAUAUAUGGAGUGUUGGAUGUACUGUUAUUGAGAUGGCUACAGGAAAACCUCCUUGGAGCCAGCAGUAUCAGGAGGUAGCUGCUUUAUUUCAUAUUGGGACUACUAAAUCUCACCCACCCAUACCAGACCAUCUUUCUCUUGAGGCAAAAGAUUUUCUGCUAAAAUGUUUGCAGAAGGAACCAAACUUUAGGGCUGCAGCAGCAGUUCUGUUGCAGCAUCCAUUUGUUAUGGGGCAAUAUCAGGAAACUGAUCCUGUGUCGCGUGCUUCGGUAAUGGGUGGUUUAACUGAAAAUUCUGGAAAACGGAUGGCAACACCUGAAAUGGAGUUUAAGACCUCGACAACCUACACUCGGUUGAAUGAUGUUCAUAAUAGUGUGAGGUGCUCGACUAUAUAUCCUGACAAGUUCUCAAGAAACAGCACCCUUUGGGCAUCAAACAAUCGUGAUGAUGACAUGUGCCAGAUGGAUGAUGAUCUUGUUUUUGGAUCAUCAACAAAGUUUGACUCCCCUUUACUUUCCGAUGAUUUCAACAAGAGUUUUAAUCCAAUGUCGGAGCCCAAUGAUGAUUGGCCAUGUAAGUUUGAUGGAAGUCCAGAGAUAGAUAAAAGUGGAGUCAACUCUUUUUCUGGUCAGACAGUUAAUAAGGCUGCUGACAGUACUGUAUCAUAUUGUAAUGUGGACAAUGAUUUCACGUUUCCAAGUGAGCCCUCAGUAGCUGAGGAUGAUGAUGAUGUUACUGAGACGAAAAUCAUAGCAUUCCUUGAGGAGAAGGCUAUAGAUCUGAAGAAGCUGCAAACGCCUCUGUAUGAAGAGUUCUAUAAUUCGUUGAAUGCAUCCUGCUCGCCAAAUGCUCUUGGGACUGAAAACAAAGAAAACGUUUCAAAUAAUUUAUACUUACCUCCUAAAAGCAGGUCACCCAAACGAGUGUCCAGUAGAAGAUUUUCUGCAGCUAUUGAUGUUGCCUAUACUGCUAGUGCUAGCUCUGGGAGUCAGUCCCAACAUUUAUCAAAUAUUGGUGUUGAAGCUGAUCAAACUCUGCCGCAAGUACAGCAAUCCAAGCCUAGUGAAUGGAAAGAGCGUAUGAUUGAUGCUCAGCCGGAGCUGAUUAGCCCAAGUGCAAGUUUCUCUGAGAGACAACGAAGAUGGGAAGAGGAGCUUUAUGAAGAGCUUGAAAGGAAACGAGAGAUGAUGCGUCAAGCAGGCGUAGCGAAGACACCAUCUCCAAAGGACCGAAUUGUAAAUCGACAGAAAGAUCGGUCUAGGUUUGCUUUUCCGGGGAAAUGAAUUUUUGUAGGAGGGAAAGGAGGACAUCUCCAAAUGAUUUAUCGAAGGAAGUGAGCUAGAAUUUGCAAUUCAAGUCAUACAAAUGGAUCUGCUCAUAUUGAUACAGGUUUCUUUCAAAAAAACAAAAAAAUCAUGCUUCCAUAUAGAUUCAUGUAUUUUAGCUCUGCAAUUUGUGAAAAUUCUGAUAUAGAGAGAGUGGCUAUCAAGGCAUUUCCGGAUGGAUUAUUGCCGUAGUGAGUCAAGACACCAAUCUAUUGUAUCGAGUCAUUGUGGUUCACCCAGGAAAUAUUAUUCCUCCUGUAAGCUAAAUUUUGUAAUAUGCGUUGUAUUGGAAUUACGAAACACUGACUGAAGUGAAAUUUUCAGUUUGGUACAGUGAGGCUGGUCUUUGUAACAUGGUUGAUUGAAGUGGUGGUGAGCUGCGACAUGUAUGCUUUGGCAUUUUCAUGAAUCGUACAUGCCUGAAUCCUGUAUACUUCUGGAUCAUAAAUUUUUGAAGGGGUAUUGGAAAGGGAAAA